AAACGGCAUUGGCCCACUAUAGAGAACAGCAGUUCGACGGCCAUCUUCACACUCCUCUCUCUCUCUCUGUCUCUCUCUCUACAAUUACAUUCUACAUAAGCUUCUUUGUACGUGAUUCCUUGCUUGCUGUUUCGGCAAUGGAUCUGCAACUAGGGCUAUAACUCUCACUAAACCCCUUUCCUUUCCCAACUCACCCCAUCUGCAAAACGCCCCCCAAAAAAUGAGGCAGAAAAGCGAGCUCCUCACCACAACUAAGCUACUCAAGUACGUCCUGAUAGGGCUAAUCGUUUUCCUCGGCUUGAUUUGUCUCUACUCCGGUUCGUCGGUUGCCCCCGGCCUGCGGAAACCCGGCGACGACGUGGACGACGGCGCCGAUCCUGUUAGCAGCCGGUUUGUUACGAGACACGAUUUCGACGAGUUGUUUGACGACCAAGAGCAUAAUCCUGAAGUCCCCAAAAGUAUACCCAUAUGUGAUAGGAGGUACUCAGAACUGAUACCAUGUUUGGAUAGAAACUUGAUAUAUCAGUUAAGAUUGAAGCCUAAUAUGACGCUAAUGGAGCACUAUGAACGGCAUUGUCCACCGCCCCAACGGCGUUAUAACUGCCUUAUUCCCCCUCCAAAUGGAUACAAGAUCCCAAUCAGAUGGCCAGCAAGUAGGGAUGAAGUGUGGAAGGCAAAUAUACCGCAUACACAUCUUGCACUGGAGAAAUCGGAUCAGAAUUGGAUGGUUGUGGAUGGGGACAAGAUAAAGUUCCCCGGUGGGGGAACUCAUUUCCAUGAUGGAGCUGAUAAGUACAUAAGUGCUAUUGCCGGGAUGCUUAAGUUUCCUGGUGAUAAACUUAGCAAUGGUGGAAAUAUUCGCAAUGUCCUUGAUGUGGGUUGUGGAGUUGCAAGCUUUGGGGCAUAUCUUCUUCCCCUCAACAUUAUAGCCAUGUCUCUCGCGCCUAAUGAUGUUCAUGAGAAUCAAAUACAGUUUGCCUUAGAGAGGGGAAUCCCAUCUACUCUAGGUGUUUUGGGAACACGUAGACUGCCUUUUCCAAGCCGAUCAUUUGAACUUGCCCAUUGUUCUCGAUGUAGAAUUGAUUGGCUUCAAAGAGGUGGAAUUCUUUUGUUGGAACUGGACAGGUUAAUACAACCAGGGGGGUAUUUUGUGUACUCUUCUCCUGAAGCGUAUGCACAUGAUGCUGAGAACCGAAGGAUUUGGAAUGCUAUGUAUGAUCUUCUGAGAAGGAUGUGCUGGAGAGUUGUUUCAAGGAAAGAGCAGACAGUUGUAUGGGCAAAGUCACUGAGUAAUAGCUGUUACCUGAAGAGAAAUGAAGGGACCCACCCUCCAUUGUGCAGUUCUGAUGAUGAUCCAGAUGCAAGUUGGAAUGUGCUGAUGAAACCGUGCAUCACCCCAUAUUCAGCCAAGAUGCACAGAGAAAAAGGGAGCGGUUUAGAACCUUGGCCAAAAAGGCUUACGGCGGCUCCUCCUCGUCUUGAAGAAGUUAAUGUUAGCCCUGAUGAGUUUCAUGAAGACACUAGCAUAUGGCAUUAUAGAGUGACCGAGUACUGGAUGCAGAUGAAAUCUGUUAUACGAAAGGACUCCUUUAGGAAUGUGAUGGACAUGCACUCAAAUCUUGGUGGAUUUGCUGCUGCUGUCAAAGAUAAAGAUGUUUGGGUAAUGAACGUUGCUCCAGUUAAUUCGUCAUCCAGGUUGAAGAUUAUAUAUGAUCGCGGCCUGAUUGGAACAGUCCACGACUGGUGUGAAUCAUUCUCUACAUACCCUCGCACCUACGAUCUCCUUCAUGCCUGGACAGUGUUUUCAGAGAUUGAAAGUCGUGGCUGUAGUGCAGAGGAUCUUCUGAUCGAGAUGGACCGUAUCCUACGGCCCGAGGGCCUUGUCAUCAUAAGAGACAAGCCUUCCGUCAUAAACCAUGUGCGCAAAUUCUUGACUGCUUUAAGAUGGGAUGGAUGGUUAUCAGAAGUAGAACCAAGGAUUGAUGCACUCUCCUCGAAUGAGGAAAGAGUACUCAUUGCAAGAAAGAAGCUUUGGGAGGACGAGGCUGCAAUCAUGUGAAUAAGCUCCCUUGUUCGGCACAUCUAGGAGUACAUUGACAUCGCUUUGGUUGCUUUUGCAGACGAGGACUCCCUCCCUCGCUCUGGCAUUUGGGAUGACAUUGAAGAUACAACAUAGAGAUAUACAACUUUGGGGUUUGCAGUGACAUAGAGAUACAACUCUGGAAGGCAUCGACAAGUUUUCCAUUCAGUAUCUAGGGCAUUUUGUAUAUUUAUUUGGAUGAAUUUCAAGAAACUAUAAUUUGAUUGUUCGUUUAACCGUUGGUAUUUACUACCCCAAAACUUAUAUAACUUGAAUUAAAACAAAACA